GUGGCCGCGGCGGGGAGGCCGCGCUGCCGGAGGCCUGUCCGCUAUGGGUCGCAACAAGAAAAAGAAGCGCGAUGGCAACGACCGGCGGCCGCGGCUCGUUCUCAGCUUCGACGAGGAGAAACGGCGGGAGUACCUCACAGGCUUCCACAAGCGCAAGGUGGAGCGGAAAAAGGCAGCCAUUGAGGAGAUCAAGCAGCGGCUCAAGCAGGAGCAGAAAAAACUCCGGGAGGAGCGCCACCAGGAGUACUUGAAGAUGCUGGCAGAGAGAGAGGAGGCGCUGGAGGAGGCAGACGAACUGGAGCGGCUGGUGACAGCCAAGACCGAGUCUGUGCAGUAUGACCACCCCAACCACACAGUCACCGUGACCACCAUCAGUGACCUGGACCUCUCGGGGGCCCGGCUGCUGGGGCUGCCCCCACCUGAGCAAGGGACCGGGUAUGAGGAGGAGCCAUCAUCCCCAGAGAAGCCGGCCAGAGCCUUACCCAGGAAGUCCCGAGACCCCCUGCUGUCCCAGCGGAUCUCCUCGCUCACGGCCUCACUGCAUGCACACAAUCGUAAAAAGGUCAAGAAGAAACAUCCCCAACGGGCCCAGGACUCCACCAAGAAGCCCCCAAGUGCCACUCGCACCAGCAAGACCCAGCGCCGCCGGCUCACAGGCAGAGCCCGCCAUAGUGGGGAGUGAGCCUGAGCCUCGGGCCCACGCUGGCCUAGGCUACCAGGCCCUCCGGUCUCAGCUUGGCAGCCCUGGUAACCCAGCCUGCACCGAGGUGAUGGCUCUGCAGCAGUUGAGCACCUCUCCAACCCAGGGCUGUACCCCAAGGCGCAUACCCCAGGAGGAGCAGGCAGCCAAGAGCUGGCCUCCCUGGGAGGUAUGGAGCAUCUUUGCACAUGUUCCUCCACUCGGCCUUCAUCUGUUUUUGAGACUCACUGCAAUGUGACCCGUUUGUCCUUAACCCUGUGCCAAGAGCAGGCUGGGGGGGCAGGCACUGUGUUAGAGCCUCACAUCGGGACUGCAGGAGUCUGCAGGUUGGGGGUAGUGUGUCAAAUGUGUUCUCAGCCAUGGGGAAGCUUCUAGACUAGAGACAGGGUUGGGUCUUGGAGAGUGCGUGACGGCAGCCCUGCCGCAGCUCCUGCCUGGCCCUAGAGGAGAGGGAGCAGGUCUGCAGGACACACCUUCCCUCCAAACACCCCUGAAGGACCUGCAGGAGCAGUCUUGUCCCGCCCCUUUUGGGAUAGUCAUCUCCCAUGUCACCAUCAAAACCCACCUUCUGGAGACUUCUGAUAUUGGCCAUGUGUGACUAAAGGCCACACCUAGGCUUAGGAACGCGAAACUCAGGGCUGGUGGCUGGGAGGCCCCGUGACCUGGCUUCUCGCUCCUUUACCCAUUCUUCCUGCUGCCUUUCCAUUGUCCUCCCCUCUGCUUGGGGCGGGGUGGCUGCCCUGCUUGGCUGCCUCCAUCCUGGGCAGAGUGGGGCCUGUGGCCAGCUCUCCAGGUAGUUCUGGUUCUCAGCCCAGGCCAGUGUUGGCCUCACCCUCAUCCCUUGUGAGCUGGAAGAGCUGCACCUGGGGAAACAUGCGCGCAGCAGGGCUUGGGUCUGACUCCUGGCCCUGCAGCUUGGCCAUGGUAUGACUGAGGGCUGCCUGGAGGCAGAAACAACCAUGGGUCUAAGCACUUCCCGUGGCACCUGCCAUCCCCAUUGUACCUUGUAUGUUUUCAUCGGCUGCUGUUGGCUGAGACCCAGCUCUUCCACCGGCCCCAGGCACAUGGGACCAUUUACAACUUGCAUCUGGAAUUGUAGUGUUUACAAACAAGUAUUAAACUUUUUAUUAAACCUUUGCAUGCUCUCCUAUUUGUGUCAUCUAUUCUUCUGGCAGGCCAAGGAGGUUGAGCCCCAUGAUUUUGUCAAGUCAUUAGAGUGAUGGAAUUGGAAUCUUCUGGAGAGCUGCUCUUUUUCUCCCAGGACGUCUUCUCCAUGUUCCAUGCUGGACUCUUUCCUCCUGUUGCUCACUCUCCUAGGGGACCCUCGGAGUGCCUUGGGAUCCUUGAUGUUCUAUUAAGAAGGAUUAGGUUUAGCUGCAAAUAACAAGAAACAAUUUUAAAAGAAGUGGCUUAUGAGAGAGGAAGGCGCUAAUCUGGCUUCUGGAAGGCUGGGGCUGGGGUGGCAGGUUUUAGCUUUAUUAUUGUGCAACCUCUUACAGCUUCCACUUCAUGGUCCAAGAUGGCUGCUUGAGCUUCAGCCAUCAUGGCUGCCUUUUGGCCAGCAGAACGGAGAAACAUGGAAAGUUUGAACCUCAAACCAAACACAUAAAGGGGAAGCAGCUUCCCCAAGCUCGUAAUCAGGAAGUGCUACGGCUGGAUGUCAAGCUUGAGUCUCCUGUUUUACUUAUGGUAACUGGCCAAGCGCAAAGCUCACUCUCCUUGUUACGCAUCUGUGUCUUCUGUUCCAUACUGGGCUCUCUCUCCCGCUGACCAGUGGGCUCCUCAUCAGAGGAGGAACCACAUUUCACACGUUACCAUCACCCCAGAGCCCAGGGAGGCCUGGCAUGUACUGUGUGAAUGUCUGGGUGAAUUAGCAAAUGAAGACACUCUGGUGCCUGGA